AUGAAGAACCUUUCGCUUCUCCUGUUGCUGUAUGUGACCAUCUCAUCUGCUUUCCCCGUGGCUCCAGAAGCUGAAGAUGAAGGAAAAACCCUAGAGCUUGUAGAGAGUUAUCUACAGAAUUUCUAUGACCUUCAAAGGGAUCACCAGCCUCAUUUAAGAAACAAGGGUAAAAAUACCCUUUCUGCAAAGCUCAAGGAAAUGCAGGAAUUCUUUGGACUACAAGUGACCGGGAAACCUGAUCUUGACACUUUGGAGAUGAUGAAAAAACCCAGAUGUGGUAUACCUGAUGUAGAGCAGUAUGUGUUCACAGCAGGGAAUCCCAAAUGGAAAAGAAAUAAUCUGACAUACAGGAUUUUGAAUUACACCCUGAAGAUGAGAAAAGCUGAUGUAGAUGAAGCAAUCCAAAAAGCUCUCAGUGUCUGGAGCAAUGUGACACCACUGACAUUCAAAAAGGUUGAGGACAAUGAAGCAGAUAUAAUGAUCUCCUUUGCUUAUAGAGACCACAAAGACAACUCUCCUUUUGAUGGCCCCAAUGGGCAGCUGGCUCAUGCUUUCCAGCCUGGUGAAGGUAUUGGUGGAGAUGUGCAUCUUGAUGAGGAGGAAGCCUGGACAAAAGAUGGAAGAGGCUAUAAUUUGUUCAUUGUUAUUGCCCAUGAGCUGGGCCAUUCACUGGGUCUGUCUCAUUCAAGUGAUCCUGGAGCACUGAUGUAUCCAACUUACUCCUACACGGACCCCAGUGAAUUUCUUCUUCCUCAGGAUGACAUUGAUGGCAUUCAAGCCAUCUAUGGGCAGUCUAGUGCUGCUGUGCAGCCAACAGGACCCGUAACUCCACGAGCUUGUGACCCGCAUCUGACAUUUGAUGCUAUUACUACCCUGCGCGGAGAAAUAAUAUUCUUCAAGGGCAGAUACAUGCUGCGCAAACAUCCUGCGAGGGCAGAGACAGAGCUCAAUUUUAUCUCGCUGUUCUGGCCGAAGUUACCAUCAGGAAUUCAAGCUGCUUAUGAAAACGUUGAGAGAGAUGAAGUUUUACUUUUUAAAGAGGAUAAAUAUUGGGUUCUCAGGGGAUAUGACAUUGCACCUGGCUACCCUAAACCAAUCUAUCGUUUGGGAUUUCCGAAGACUGUUAAAAGAGUUAAUGCAGCUUACAGUGAUGAAACCACAGGAAAAACUUACUUCUUUGUAGCUGACAGAUACUGGAGAUAUGAUGAAAACAAAAAAACCAUGGAUCAGGGUUAUCCCAAGAAAAUAAUCUCUGAUUUUGGAAAAAUUGGCAGAGUGGAUGCUGCUUUCCAGAAAGAUGGCUAUGUCUACUUCUUCCAUGGAACAACUCAGUUCCAGUUUGAUCCUCGUGCCAAACGGAUUGUCAGACAAAUGAAGAGCAUCAGCUGGUUUAAUUGUUAA